AUGCCCGAAACGACUGGAUGUGCAAACGGACUCUGGGGAGCCAUGGCGACCAAACGCUUAACGUUCCACGUUUCCACUCGUCCACAAUUCCGUAAUCACUCAUCAGUUUCCUUCCACCGUUUCUUUCCCGAUCCACGAUCAGCUGAUUUCUUCGACGAAAAAAAAACAACAAUCUUUACGAUCGAUGGCCGAAGGUCAUCCAUCCAUCGACUGUGUUCGUGA